AGCAUGAACUUCCGAUUUUGAUUUCGCGGGGGAGGGGGAAAGGGUUGGCCAAUGCAUAAGACGAAAUUGCAAGAGAUGUGCCACCGCCGGCGGUGGGCGCUACCGAAGUACACUUACAUGAAAGACGGACCCGAUCAUAGCCCUAGCUUCAAGGCCUCCGUCUCUGUUAAUGGCAUGUCGUUUGAUUCAUCUCCUUCCUGUAAGUCCUCCAAAGAGGCCCUAAACGACGCUGCCAGGCUCGCUUUCCUCCACUUCGAUUCUCCGAUCGGUUGCACGGCAGAAGGACGGCCUACUAGUGAAAUCUCUGCUGGAGAACAGGAAAUCUAUGAAAUGCCUGAGGAAAAUCUGGAUGGAGGAAAUGGUUCCUCAAUUUCAAGUGUUGAGCUGAAUGCUAGAGGAGUAGGAUUAAAGAACGAACAAUCAUUGCAGAGAAAUGACACUGUGUUGCAAACUGUCCAAGUCAUCGACGAUAUCCACUGUCAAUACAAGACAAGGCUGCAAAACUAUGCUCGAUUCAAAGAUCUUGAUGCACCAUUAUAUUGCAGCGAAAGUGAGGGCCCUUCUCAUAAACCUGCUUUCAAGGCUACAGUUACCGUAGGUGGGCAUACCUUUGAAAGCCCUGCCUUCUUCAAAACUUUAAAAGAAGCAGAGCAUGCUGCUGCUAAGACUGCCUUAAUGUCCUUGUAUUAUGAUGGCAUUCAUGAGGUUGACUCUGGGUUUUAUAAGAAUCUCUUGCAAGAGUUAACCCAGAAAGAAAAUUUGUCCAUGCCAGCCUAUAAGACAAUAAAAUCUGGCACACUUCAAAUGCCAACAUUUGUUUCGAGUGUGGAAGUGGAAGGAGAAUUGUUUUAUGGGAAAGCAGGGAAAUCCAAGAAAGAGGCAGAGACAAAAGCUGCAGAAGCUGCUUGUACUAUUCUGAAAGAGCGUGGACUUGGUUUGCAUUCUGGGCUCUGUUCAUCAGAUCUCAAGAUCAUUAAACCAAUCAGCUCUACUCCUAGCUCAGACAUUGUCGCUACUGUCCAUUCUCAGCAUAACCAUACAGACAAGAGUCAAGUCAUUUCAUCACCUACCGUAAAAAAUGAGGAACAUGAUGGACAAUAUCAAGUGCAAGAAGUCAUCCCAGGCAAAUGGUGUAAGGAUGAGAUGGUCAGACCCAAAGACAUACCUUCUUGUUCUAAAUCCGCACCACAAGCAUCCACAGGAGGCUUAUUCUCUUCUGCAAAACGAACAAACCCAGAUAUAUCUGCCCUCUCAUUAUCUGACUCCAAUAUAGGGAAGGCCACUGGGGUAAGAAGUUACUUACUGUGCAACAGGGUUAGGGUUUAUACAAGCUUCCCACAUUGCAUUCCUGAGGGGAUAACAGUGAUGCCCAUCGAUGACAACAAAUGGGUCCUGAUGAGCUUGGAAUUCCCAAAUGAAGAAUGCAAUUAAUUAAAUUAGUUAGGGCUACUUGUUAAUAUUUCCAAUUAACUAGAAACAUAUGCUUCUCAAUUUUCAUUUUCAUGUUUCAUCAUGACAUUUCAAUGAACCCAAACAUCUGACUCAUGUGUGAAAAGCAACUUGAAAACUUGUCACACAUGUUGGCCAAAUAAAAAAAAAAAAAAAAAAAGACUUGUCAUACAGAUAAAAUUGUAAUGAACUAGGUCUUAAGGGUUUGCUGGUUGACUAAGUUGUCUGCAAAACUAAUUGGUCUUUUACAAUAUCUGCCAGUUAUUUAUUCUGUGAUUUUCUUUUCUUUUUCUUAAUUGCUUUUAUGGACUCUCCUGUAUGUUUUUUGUUCUUUUAUUUUUAUAAUAAAGGAAUUCAUAGCUG